GAAAGCCCAGGGGAGGGAGACUACGAGAGGCAGGCUUCGGGACUUCGCUUAAUGUACAGUGUCUUUUUCCAACUUUUCAAUGUUUUUUUUAUGAAGAUCAAUAACAGUGUUUUAACGACUUGCGUUCCUUCGAUUCUACAUUUUUCCUACAUUUUCAGUAUCUUCAGUAAAUUACUGGAGUUUAGCGUAUAUAUCUUUUUUCGGCAACCGCGGGAAGUAUUUCGUUUCAGAAUUGUUAUACAUUUCAGACGUGGUACUCGGGAAAAGACACAACUUUUUUGGAAGGUGGCAGGAAGCAAACUGGUUUUAGAUGCGUAACAACUUUAAGCGGGCGAUAGACAUGUGAAUGCGUCGGCUGCAGAAAUGACACGUGAUUUCUACUGCUAAUUAAUUAACUAGUUAUAACAUGCUAUGUAAAUAAUUUCAACGGUUCCAUUGGAUUAGCUAGUUAAACAUGUCAAAAGUCCGGAAUGCUCCGUUGUCAACUUUAUUGUGGCAUUUUUGUCGAGAUUUAGUCGCUACAGAGUUUAUGAAAGUUACUAUAGCAUUUCCGUCGUUGUUAACUGUAUUGUCGACUGUCAUCUUGGAAUCAGUCUUAUCAACAUCAAUUUGACUUUGUUCAUCUCGGUUUCUGAAGUUCAACAAACUUUGCCAUUCGUUUGAAACCUAUAGGUAUACAGUGCGGUGGGGAUAGCCUACAUUCACACGUCCAGCGCAAAGAAUAGUAGGGGGAAUUGCUUUAGAUACUUGUUGCAUCUAGAGUCCGUCAGCGAGAUUUUACCAUUUUUUUCCUUGCUCUGGAAAUGUGACAUGGAAUACCGGUAAAUUGGAUACAUUUUUAAAACCAGACGUUACUGUAGCAUGUUUAUAGUGGGUUGGUCACAUAAUUAAUUAUCAACAUUGUUGCUGCAAAAGGUUUUUUGAAAUAUUGCCAGUGGUGGAAUAUUACAAGAGCCGGUGUUUUGGAAGUGUCCGGACUGAACCGACUGACAACUUCAACCUGCACGUUGAAAAUGAGAACUGGGCUACUGUUUAUCUCCUGUAAGGACUGGAGCUCGUGUUGUAUGUGAAGAGUGAAAUCAAUAACUUUUUCAACUGGAACAAACUUUUAAAGCGGGGUAAGAAUUAACCAGAAAUCCACAAGAAAUGCAUCCACAAAGACAACAUGGCAGUCAGUGAGCCUUAAAACGUUGGAUUUAACCCUGUUUUUCGAAUAGUUUUCACGGGUUUGUACAUUUUAGAACCCACAAAGAGGAGGACCGUUGCUGGGCCAUAUAUUUAUUGUCCUGAAUCAACUCCGGUUGUUGCCAGCUUUGAAGUCCACGAUGUGCGGCCGGAGCCCGCCGCUGCAGCCGAUCCAAUGACCGUUCCCCAGCGGCGAUUGGCCGGGCUCUGGCCGUGGCUGCUCAUAGCGGCCCUGCAGGUGGUGUUCGGCCAGACGGGCCUGGAGCUGGCGGCGGCCGUAGAAACGGAGCGCUCGGCCCCCAGGGCUGUCAUCAAGGUGACACUGCUGAGACACGAGCCCACGGGGAAGCCCAUCACUCUGGAAGGGCUGUUCGUCGGAGGGAGCGCCGGCUCUGCAGAGGGGAAGCUCAUGCAGUCUCACCCUCUGUCCCUGUGCAACACCAGUGAAGAUGAGCGCCAGGAGUCUGACUUCAUCAGCAUCGUCAAGCUGGAGAGCCCGGAGCGCAAGGUGCCUCAGUGUCUGCCCCUGCUCAAGAAGGCUCGCCUGGCACUGGAGAGAGGUGCUCAGGCUGUCAUCUUCGAUGUCACCGACGACAAAGACGCUGCUCUCGAGCUGCAUGAGUCUGACUCCCUGCCGCUUCCGGUGGUGCUGGUGAAGGCUGAGGAUGCUGAGGAGCUGAUGGGACUGGUUAACAAGAACGAGGAGGCUAGAGUCCGUAUCGACAUCAAAAAAGAGGACCCAAAAUGGCCCCACUAUGAUGUUGGUAUCUUGCUUACUAUAGUCCUGGCUAUUCUGGCCAUCGUUUUGAUCUUUGCCUUCCGGUACCGAUGCAAGUCCAACAGAACCUGGGACUCAGUCCAUCAGCAGACCAUGCGAGCCAUCAGUCGUCUGGAGACGCGAAUGUACAGCGCUCAGGGCUGCGGGGGCUCACAGCGCCACCGUGGGGGCUGGGGGUCUAAUAGCAGCUCCAACUCCAGCCCCGUCUGUGCCAUCUGUCUGGAGGAGUUCCUGGAUGGACAGGACCUGAGGAUCAUCUCGUGUGCUCAUGAGUUCCAUAAGGAGUGUGUGGACCCCUGGUUGCUGCAGCACCGCACCUGUCCUCUCUGCAUGCACAACAUCAUGGGUACAGAGCUGUCACGUCAGCCCCAGAGGAGCAGACUGCAGCAGACCCCCGAGCACAGCCAGGGUUUCCUGCACCCCCACCCCUACCCACACGCCUUCCCCCAGCAUCCCAUCCCCUUCUCCAUGAGGCCUCACUACCCCCGUGGCCCCUCCGGCCCCUACCCCUCCCUGAGCCACUACAGCAGCUCCCCACCCCUGGACCCCCAGACCCUCCGCUUCCUCCCUAGCUGGCCUCUUGGCUCCGGCUGUGGAUACAUCCACCCUACAGAGGGCCCCGGGAGGCCUCACAAGGCCGGGAGCAGCUGCAGGACGGCAGGUCACCCUCUGGGGUCCCACUACGGCCCCGGGUCCCACCGCUCCUGCCACGCCUACCGCUCCGGCUGCCCUGCCCAGCGCAGCAACUCCAGUUCCAGGCUCCACCACACCCCCUCCUUUGCUCCCCACAUCUCCGAAGGGGGAGCCCAUAGCCGGGGGGCCGAGGGAGGCAGCUGCUCUGGGGGCUACCGGACGGAGCGCAGUGGCUACCUGGCAGACGGGCCGGCCAGUGACUCCAGCUCUGGCCCCUGUCACGGUUCAUCCAGUGACUCUGUGCUCAACUGUACCGACGUGUCCCUGCAGGGUGUGUAUGGUAGCUGGUCCACGUUCCGCAGCUCCCUGAGCAGUGACUAUGAUCCGUUUGUGUACUACGGGCCGGGUUUGGGACGGACAGGCCGCAGGGACAGCAUGGAGGCAGGGGCCCAGAGACCAAGGUCCCUGGACUCAGUGAUGAACAGAGACAGAGGACGAGGGAGCCCUGAGGAGCAGCCGCAGGCUGUGUUUAGCCACGUCCACUACCACCGCCACAGACACCACCACUACGGAGAGGACGGGGAGCGGGAGCACGCCCAGGGACAGGGGCCAGGCAGGGGGUCAGACGAGGAGCAGAGGGCUGCUGUUGCUAUUGGCUCUGGUACUGGUUCUCCCCCGGCUCUGGACAAGGACUUCCCAGUGUGCCCUCUGAAGCACAGCCCCUGUCAGUGCCCUAAGGCAGAACACACAGACAGUAGGGAGGUCCACGGCCACGGGAUAGAGGGUCAGGACCAUGAGCUUAGCCUCAGCCCCCCGUCAGGCCCCCCUCCUGCCCUGGUAGCACCAGCACCCUUGGCAGCCCCAGCCCCCUGCUGCCACCAGGACCACGGCCGUGGAGGCCACCCCCACCGGAGAGCAGACCGGCUCGGCGGCUGCGUCCUCGAUGGCCCCUCGGUGCUCUUCCACCAGAGCCUGGAACUGCAGGAUGACUGUAGCAUCCACAUUCACUACGGCCAGGGCCCCAGCUACUGCUGCCCCCCGCCUGACCUGCCCAUGCCUGUGCCUUUCAUUCUGGACUCUGGGGGUAUGGGGGCCCUAGGGGGCCUAGAGGACUGGCCCUGCUGUGGAGGGCCCCACCAUGUAGUGUGGCAGAAGCGGGUGCAGCAGGCCCACUCUGAGCCCCAGUUGCUGGGGCCAGGGCUGGGGGGCCCUAUGGACAGACCCCCGCCCCCAUGCAGCAGGCGUCACCACGGUCACCACAGCCCAGCGCACGACCGCAACACAGACUUUUGUUUAUACUGCCAAACAUUACACAACAAUCAGGGAUCAGAGGAGGAGUCCGGUGUGUGAUAACUAACUAACUCGAGAGGUGCAUCCCCAAACUCACGCUGCUACGUACACAGGAGCCGGAAUGGACAAACACGUCAUCGGCGGCCAUCUUUCUCAAGUCUUCAAAAUAAUUCCACAUGAAAUACCUGCAUUCAAACUACACUUCCCAGAAUCCCCCAGUCAGUGCUGAGUUACAUCUGUCAACAGAGAUCAAAAUUAGUUAGAUUAUGAUUAUUUUGAACAUUUGUUUCUUUUGACCAUCAAAUCAAUGAAAACAAAGUAGAGACCUGUCAAUUAGAGACCUGAAAUUGCUCAUAUUCGUUGUUGAAUUCAAGUAUGUCAAUGUGUUUGAUUUAGACUUUUCUUAUCGCUAAGUGGUGUACUUGUUUAAAGAUGAAGACUGACUGGGAGAUGCUGGGAAAACAACUCCUCCAUCACAAAGGGGAAAUUUGUUUUAUUCUCUUCUGCCUUGUUGUUUUGUUUUGUAAAUUACACGAAGAAUUAAAUACCUACAUGAUAUUACAAGUUCCCAGUUUGCCUUAGUGACCGCUAGGAAUUCUCACUGCUCAGGACUUGAGCCUUGAUUCACAGUACGAAACUCCCCUACUGUUUCUCUCAGUAGAAAUCACAUGGACAAAUUGGAUAUCUAAUUCCUUGAGUGGUUAAGCACUUAAUCGAUUAUAUUAUGAGGUACUACUCAGUAAUACUUGAUUUUCCCUCAUUACCCCCAUAGAUGCUCAGUUGGAGGUUUCUUGCUCUUUCCAGCCUGCCUCAAAUCAGAUUCAGAAAUGUGUUCCAGUGGCGUAGGUAUCGCAAAGGUACUCAGAGCUACAGAAAAGAGCCUAGAAGCUUCUCUCUGGGCAACCUGCCCCAUUGGGGGAAAACAGUUAUUUUCUUAGCCGGCCUUACAAGCAGUGUGCAUCCUGAGAGGUCACUAGAGGCUAGCAUGGGGACUUGUGUUGGUUAAUUCAAUAAUGGCAGCUGCUUCCAUCACAUUUUGUUUGCUUUGUGUUUCGGUAAAAAAAUGUAGUCUGUAAUUUUGAACCAGAUUCACUGAAAUGUGUUAUUAUUACAAGCUAUUUUAGUUUUGCUCAUGUCAUUUCUCAUGUUGCCAGUGGUUACUUAUUAUGUUUGAUCUGAGUGCUGAUUUUGUGGCCAGUGAAGGAGGGAGGGGUCCACCAGACAGACCUGGGUUCAAACUGUAUUUGACAUCUUUCAAAUACUGUAGCUGUGCUUGAAUAAGCUUGCCUGGCUCAAUGGGACAAAUGUAAUCAUCCCAAAAGUGCAAACCCCACCCAUCUGGCAUGUACUCUAAAAUAUGCAAAUGCUCCAAGUAUGUGAACAAUUUCAAAUACUAUUUGAACCCUGGUAGGUCUGCCUCCAGAAAAUCAAACAGUGUGAGUGAAACUUCGCUCAGCUCAGGAAGGACAUCCGCCAUGUCUCCUGCUCUUCACCCCUGUCCUCUAACCACAUGUCCUAGUACAUGACCCAAUCAAUCUCUCCCUUCCAUUUCCCAAAUACCAGCAGCUAAAGCUCAGCAAGGGUGCUCUUAUCUUGGAACAUUACAGCAAAAUAUUGUAUACAGUGCAUUCGGAAAGUAUUCAGACCCCUCGACUUUUUCCACAUUUUGUUACGUUACAGCCUUAUUCUAAAAUUGAUUAAAUAACAAUUGUUCCUCAUCAAUCUACACAUAAUACCCCAUAAUGACAAAGCAAACACAGGUGUUUAGAAAUGUUUGCAAAUAUAUUAAAAAUAAAACAGAAAUACCUCAUUUACAUAAGUAUUCAGACCCUUUGCUAUGAGACUGGGGGCUCGUGAGUGGCACAGCGGUCUAAGGCACUGCAUUUCAGUGCUUGAGGUGUCACAACAGACACCCUGGUUCGAAUUCAGGCUGUAUCACAACCGGCCGUGAUUGAGAGCACAAUUGGCCCAGCGUCGUCCGGGUAUGUCCAGUGUAGGACGUCAUUGUAAAAUUAGAAUUUGUUCUUAACUGACUUGCCUAGUUAAAUAAAAGGUUAAAUAAACAUUUAAAAAAUACUCCAAAUUGAGCUCAGGUGCAUCCUGUUUCCAUUGAUCAUCCUUGAGAUGUUUCUACAACUUGAACGGAGUCCACCUGGAGUAAAUUCAAUUGAUUGGACAUGAUUUGGAAAGGCACACACCUGUCUAUAUUAGGUCCCACAAUUGACAGUGCAUGUCAGAGCAAAAAAAACAGGCCAUGAAGUCGAAGGGAUUGUCUGUAGACAGGAUUGUGUCGAGGCACAGAUCUGGGGAAGGCUACCAAAAAAGGUCUGCAGCAUUGAAGGCAUCCAAGAACACAGUGGCCUCCAUCAUUCUUAAUUGGAAGAAGUUUAGGACAACCAAGGCUCUUCCUAAUGCUGGCCAAACUGAGCAAUUGGGGAAGAAGGACCUUGGUGAGGGAGGUGACCAAGAACCCGAUGGUCACUCUGACAGAGUUCCAGAGUUCCUGCAGCACUCCACCAAUCAGACCUUUAUGGUAGAGUGGUCAGACGGAAGCCACUCCUCAAUAAAAGACACGACAACCCGCUUGGAGUUGCCAAAAGGUACCUAAAGGAUUCUCAGACCAUGAGAAACAAGUUUCUCUGGUCUGAUCAAAUCAAGAUUGAACUCUUUGUCCUGAAUGCCAGGCGUCCCGCCUGGAGGAAACCUGGCACCAUCCCUAGGGUGAAGCAUGGUGGUGGCAGCAUCAUGCUGUGGGAUGUUUUUCAGCGGAAGGGACUGGGAGACUACUCAGUAGUCGGAGCAAAGUACAGAGAGAUCAUUGAUGAAAACCUGCUCCUGAGCGCUAAGGACCUCAGACUUGCAAAGGUUCACCUUCCAACAGGACAAUGACCCUAAGCACACAGCCAAGACAAUGCAGGAAUGGCUUCGGGACAAGUCUCUGAAUGUCCUUGAGUGGCCCAGCCAGAGCUCGAACUUGAACCCAAUCGAAUAACUCUGGAGAGACCUGAAAAUAGCUGUGCAGUGAUGCUCCCCAUCCAACUUGACAGAGCUUGAGAGGAUCUGCAGAGAAGAACGGGAGAAACUCCCCAAAUACAGGUGUGCCAAGCUUGUCGCGUCACACCCAAGAAGACUCGAGGUGUCACACCCUGAUCUGUUUCACCUGCCUUGUGGUUGUCUCCACCCCCCACCUGGUGUCUCUUGUUUGUCCCCAUUAUCUCCUGUGUAUUUAUACCUGCGUUUUCUGUUUGUCUGUGGCCAGUUUGUACAACCAGGGCUCAGGCUAAGACCCAGAUGCAGACACAGGAUACAUAUAGUAUGAGUCUCAGAGUUUAUUAUAGUACAAGGGGCAGGCAAAAUGGAAGUCAAGGCAGGCAAAGGGUUGUAAUCCAAAAAGUCAAGGGGUCUGAAUACUAUCCGUAUGCACUGUACAUAAUUACUAUGUAACUGGAGGAAAGUCAUGAUAAUUCAUAAUUCAUUCAACUUUGGGAACAUACAUUAUUCACUACCUUGUAAAAAAAAAAAUAUUGAUUCAACGUACAAUUAUAAGGCAACCAGCUUCAAUAGGAUUGUGAGUUUGCUCAACCAAAAUUGUAUUGAGCAAACUCAAUACAAAAAUUUGGUUGGAAUUUUAUGGAGAAAACUCACAAUCCUAUCGCUGCUGGUAUCCUUACAAUUGUACGUUGAAUCAGCAUAUAUAUAUUUUUUUUUCACGGUGUACCAAACAUUGACUUAACAAAGCUGUGGCCUUUUAUGAACUUAAGUUAACUUAAAUGGAAGCCUGGUGAAACAUCCUAGAAAGAAACCCUGGGAGAAAGAAAAGUCUUGAAAUGUGCGUAGUUAUAUCCCCCAAUAUAUUUUAUUUCUUAGUGAAAAUAUGAAAGGUGACUGCAUUAAGACAGACAGUAAAUAUGGAGCAUUAGUAUUUAAUGGAAUAAACCUAUUGAUCCCCAGACUAUUUUCGAAAGAGCUGGAAGCACUUAAACAACCGUCUGAUCUAGUAACACUCUGAAUUUGUAAUUGAGAUAAGUCUGUCUAUGCUAUUUACUUCAAUUGUGCCUUCCGGAUUCACUUUUCAAAGGGGUUAGUUGUGGGAUCUGCAUUCACUACUUCCUGUCAAUGGGUUGAAGUUUAUUAUGAUAUAAGAUCAGCAAAUUACCUAAUACAUUAAAGCUCUUGUUAUUUUACCAAAGAAACACAGUUUUGAAUGCAAUCAACCUGUGCCUUUUAUUCCUUCUCCAUGAAACUUAAACCCAAGUAAAUGUGUUUUACCUAACAAGAGAAAUCUGAAAAUGGAAUCGUAUGCAGUCAAACAGUGGAAAAUCAUGGAUUACAGCCUUAUAUAUAUCGAUACCUCGUUUCUAAUGUUUUUUGGAGACAGCUUCUCUUGCUAAUACUCCAGGUUGUGUUUCUGUUAUAUAUAUUUGUGUAGAGAACAGUCCUAUAUAGCCUGGUUAAACCAGACUGAACACUGCACUCACCAUUGUUUCCCUUGAAACAACAGUGAAACAUUGCAAAACCUGUCUGGAUUCCAGGCUACAGUUCCCUAGCCUUAGCUGAAAUGACUAAAUCACAACCAACCAGCACUGGAAUCCACAACCAACCAAUAUUUUUCAGUCAAAACUGAAAGCAAGGCAAAUCAAGACACUAUAACUAUGCCAACAACCAGAACAAGGAAAUAUAAAAUUUAAAUUAAUCAAACAUCUCUGAAAUGUUUGGGGCGAUUUUAUUAUCCUCUUUAGGGUUGUUUUUUUGUUUGUGUUCAUUGUUUUGUUUUUUAACGCAUAAUGAGCUGAAACUGCCUUUUUUUCUAAUAGAGCACAAUCCCAAUAGAAAUUGAAGGGAUCUGUCAGUAUAUUUUGGAUACUUUGUGUACAAAAAGAGAAAUACAAAAACAGAAAUGAAAUAAAGUGUUGUAUUUUAUAUAUAAUAGAACAUUUCAAUAUGGUGAUAUGUCACUAAUAUAUUUAUUUACUAAUAUAUUUAUCCAUUUUUGUCCAGGUCCUGAAAAAGAAUGCAUGGUUUCUGUAUAGAAACGAUAUCUAUAUGAAACUAAGUGCCAUCACAGAUGUAUCAACAUGGCUUCAUUCCAAUUAUAUGCAAAUAAAUUAUUUUGAAAUAAAACCUCUGGUGCUGA